AUGUUGCUGGUUUCUGCAGAAAAUCGGGGAUGCGUUUCCCGGACCGUGGGCGGCGGCCCUGCCGCUGGAAGUUCGAUGAGCUGCGCGGCCAUCGAUCUGCCUGCUGGAGAGCUGGUCCGGGACACGCUGCAGCUGGAGGCGGGAGCCAAGGCCACCCGGCAGGUCCUGCUGCGGAAGGGUGAGCACGUCAGUUGGGUCUGUACUGUUGAAAGUUCUCUAACGCUGGACUUCAUGGUGAAGCUUUCUUCAAGGAGGCCGCAGGAAGUUCGUUGCGUCGACCGGCCCCUGAGACUCCUUGGCGUCGACAAGGGCCGCAUGGUGAAGGACCGCGAGCGUGGCUCCGUUUUUCAAGGCUACCUGGACCUCUUUGGCGAACAUGCCGACUGUGUGAAGCAAUCUGAUACCUGUGAACCUGUUGCGACUCUGUAUUUCGAGAUGGACAACAGCUUCAGCUUCUUCACGGCCAAGGACAUCGUCCUGCAAGUCUCGAAGCAGACGCUGCGAACUACACAGACACAUCAGACACCUGACGCCAGCGUGCCAGCGCCAGUUCCUACCAGUUCGGAAGACAGCAUGGAACCGGUGCAGAAAGAACCUACAGCUUCCGCCGCUUCCGCCAGUGCAUCGACCUCCCAAAGCCGACCAUGCUCUCUUCUGACGCAGCGCUCCGGAGACCUUCGCUUCGGCCGCUUGCAAACUCUCUUGAAGGACGCCAUCCGCCUAUGUCCAGCAGAUGCCAGCGCGGCACUGGAGCACCUUCUCGCAGCACAGGCUAGGCUCCAAGAGUAUGCUCAGCAAGCCGCUGAGGACGACCUGGGCCCCUUGAGCUAG